AUGUCCUCCGCUGAGUUUGUGCGCAACGUGGGUGCGCACACGACCAUCUACCGCUGGGAAGCUUCUGGGCUGGAAGACUUGAACCGCCAGAACAAGCUAUCCUCCCUCCCCUUCUGGAUUCCGAAUUCCACAACGCGGAGGCAUCAGUUCAAGGUAGUGCUGCUGCGCGGCUUGAUGCUGAGUGCGAGCCCUGCCACAGACCCUUUUGGCGUACUCGUUGAGUUCAUCCCACCUCCCCCGCCGCCGGUUGUAGCGGCGAGCGGGUCGGCCACAUCGACAGCAGUAUCGUCUUCCUCGCCCCCCAGUGACUUCCCGGGCGGCUGCGCCGUGACAUGCGAGGUGCUCCCCAUCGACUCCACGACCCCAACGGCGGAGGGGGAAGGGCAGUGUAGGCGCGACGAUGGGGCCGAGGCGGCGCAGGGAAAGGCGAUCACAUCCACCAAGAUGGCAGUACUGAAUGCGAGCAACGCGCAGGUGAGCUUCCCAGAGUUUGUUUCGGCAGACGUGCUUCACAACCCGCGCUACGUCAGGGGCGCACCGAAGUCCUUCACACUGCAGAUCACCAUCGAGACCAACAUCAAUGUUCCGCUGCACCAGGCCGCCACCACUGCCUUCUCCCUCUUCUCCUCCCUGACGACGUCGGUGAGCCACUUGCUUGACAGCACCGCCCAACUCUACCACGAGGGGCGCGAGAGCAUCAACGGUACUAUUUUUGCACCAACCGCGUCGGCGCUGGCGCACUCCUCUGAGCUUUGGCACGGCAUGACGCCCUCGUCAUCUGCGACUGCUGCUUCCGGCCCAACAGCGCCAAUGACGGCUGCUGCUUCGACUGCAGCUACUCUGCCCCCGUGGGAACAGCCACCGGAGGAGUGGCGUGACCGCGCCGCUGAAUGGCGCUCUCUUGUGAGCGAGCGGCUGGCUGGGCUCGACGGCACGUACCGACAUGGGGUGGAGAAGACACUCUCACCGGACGAGGUGGGGCUGCUGGCGGAGGUCGGACUCAUGGAGACGGACUUGUGGGCUCUCUACGGCCUGUUCGACUUUGACCAUGAUGUGCAGGAGGGCCUGCUUGCCUCUGCCGAGGUGCGGGCUCACCGCUAUCGUCUGGUACCGGCCCGCCUCAAGGAGGAGACCUUCUGGGCGAACUACUUCUGGAAGGUCCACUGCGUUGGCCAGUGCGUGACAGAGCGGCAGGUGGCUGCGGUGCUUGUGGCACUGUGCAUGCCUGAACGGGCUGCUCAAACAAAGCACUCUACCACUCUAGAGGUGCUGCGGCACAUCCUCGACGGCGAAGAGGUCGUCGCUGUUUUGGAAGACUUCAUCAAGCGCGGCGAGGCAGCGGAGCCGUGGUGCACCGUGGCAGCGGAGACGGCGCGCCACUACAGAGACGUGCUGGAUGUCACCUCACAGCGCACCGACCUGGCACCCAACAUACACACUCAGUUGGGGCCGACUCUCUCCAGCUUGGAGGAGGCGCUUUCGUGGUACAGCGAUGCGCUGGCAGGCACCGCGGAUCCACAUGCUGUAUCCGUCGACGGCGAUGCUUGCGCUGCUGCUGCUGCUGUCGCGACAGCCAAGACGGUGGCGGAUGAGGUGGCCGUGAAUGUUGCCGACGCUGCUUUACCGGCACCACCACAGGUGGUGGAGGCGGAUGCCCUGUCGAAGCAGUUGUGGCAAGAACCGUCUCCUGAGGCUUCUCCGGCCCCCGCCCCGCCCCCGGCAGUGAAGUCGGCAACAUCAUCGCCCCACACCGGCACCAGCGGCGGCUUGCCAAGUGCCAGCAGAGUCGAGUUUGCCAAGAUGCCCUGGGAAGAGGAGGAUGAGGCGGAGGAGCCGGUGAUGUGA